AUGGCACGAAGGCGAUCGAUACCGCGGCAGUCAACCGUCACCGCGGCGAGUCCUGCCACUAUGAAUCCCAUUUACUCCCUUGCCAAUGCGAUCAACAGCUUCUUUACGUCUCCAUCAACCGUAACGCGGCAACAAUGCGAUGAAUUUGCUGUCUCUCUUGUUGGUGAACCUGUCAUCCCUGCACCCAUUCAGGGUGCGUUCAGCUAUACUGUCAUAGCCGGACCCACGCAAGCUAGGAUCGUGCAAUUUCGGGCUCAGAACUCGGUCCUAAACAUGGUGAUCUUGAAUCUGGCUCAAGCAAUUUAUGGACAAUUUGUGGCGGCCUGCACUUAUCACGGAACUAUUGGCCAGUCGUUACCACUUUCUGUCUACGUGAUUGAAAAACUUCCCGGAAUUGCCUAUAUCCAAGCGCGAUGCCUGUAUGGCCUUUCCACUAACCCGUCGUUAGAGGUAGCUUCACGACAGUCAAACACCGUGGUGGAUUUGGCGAGGUACAUCAUACCUGUACUACUUCAGGAUGAGCUAAAUUUAUGGGAUAGAUUCUUCGCAGUGUCGUGGAAACAUAGGCAAACACUGCUCUGCAAUGUCGUCGAAGCCAUCCAUCAUGAUUACAAGCAGAAAUUCGACCUCCUUUCUCAAGCCUUACCCUCCCGAUUCGCAGAGAACUUGAGACGAGUUCGCGCAGAACUUUCAUUGCUCUUUACAUCGACACAUCCUUUAGUCCUGAGCCAUGAUGAUCUGUGCGAGAUGAAUAUCUUUGUGGAUCCCAACACUGGGCAUAUAACUGGGAUUAUCGACUGGGCAGAGGCUAGCAUCCUUCCUUUCGGCAUUUCUUUGUGGGGUUUCGAGAACAUACUCGGCUAUAUGGAUUCUCAAGGAUGGCACUAUCACGAUAAUCGUCACGAACUCGAGGACUUGUUCUGGCAAACUUUUGAGGUGACUGUUGGUGGAAUCUCAGAGGCCGACAGACAAGCCAUCCAUGUGGCGAGGACGGCUGGCUUCUUCUUGCGUUAUGGUUUCGUGUGGGAAGAUGGAGUUAGAGAAGUACCUGCGAAGGAGUCGGAUUCCGGGCUGAGAUAUCUUGAUGCGUUCUGCACAACUGGUGACGGAGACCUCCUCUAA